AUGGGUGACCUCGUGCAGUACGAGAAACCAAAGGAAAUCGAAGAGUUUAAGGAGAAAAAGAAGAAGCGACUCGAGGAGAAGCGAAAGGAGGAAGAUGUUGUUUCCAAAAAGGCUAGGAUGGACAUCAACAAAGGUGAGACUGUGCUCAGUACAGAUGUGACGGAGAUGCAGAUCUACCGACCACGGACAGCUCAAACCAAAGCAGUGUACGAGAUGCUGCUAAAUCGUCUUCAGCAGCCACUUGGUGAUCAGGCACCCGAUGUUCUUCGUGGUGCAGCAGACGAGGUCUUAGCUGCUAUCAAGACAGAAGGCGUGCUAGACUCCGAACGCAAGAAGGACGUUGAGGAGGUGCUUGGAUCCAUCUCCGACGAGUACUUUGCAGAGCUCUUCAGAUUGGCAAAGCAGAUCACAGAUUUCGGCGCCGAUGUGGAGGAUGAGGAGCAGGAUGACACUGUGCGCACCAAAGAGGGCUUAGACGAUGCUGCAGGUGUUGCUGUAGUUUUCGACGAGGACGAUGAGGAUGAGGGUGGAGACUACAUGCACGAGCUGGGAGAGGAUGACGAAGAUGACGAUGACGAUGAAGGUGGCAAAAUGGAUGACGACAGGGACGACCGGGGAAUCCACGCCACGCUGCUGGAAGCCGACGACGAGGAGGAAGAAGCAAAGAAGGAGGAUAAGUACAAUGUCGACAUUCAGAAGAUCGAUGCGCACUGGCUGCAGCGAGAGCUCGGCAAGAUCUUUCAGGAUCCAAACAAGUGUAUUGCCACCGAAAAGGAGAUUUUGUCCAUUCUGCCUAUCAAAGAUCUGCAGCAAUGCGAGAACAGGUUGGUGCAGGUGUUGCAGUAUGAGAACUUCGAGUUCACCAAGUUGCUGCUGAAGAAUCGUCUCAAGAUCUUGUACUGUACCCGUUUGGGUCAGGCACAGACCGAAGAAGACAAGACAGCAGUCCUUGAAGACAUGCGCAACACACCAGACGCUCAAGCAGUCCUUGAGGAGUUGGACAAAGCAUCAAAGAAGCGUGACAGGGAGCGCGAUAUCAACAGGAGGUGCGUCAGCUCCAAUUGCGAGGCUGGAAGCGCUCUGCCCUUGGCUUUUCAGGCUUUUCUGCAGCUUCAGCUGGUUUCAGCGACAUGUGGCGAGGCCUUCUUUGAGCCCAGCACCUUUGAGACUUUGGAGAGUGUGUCGGGUGCUUCCACCGUUGCGAAGAUCGACUAUUGGCAGCAGACCAAUGAAAUGGACAUGCAUGCCGCCUAUGUCUUGAACAUGUCGGAGGUAUCUGCAUCUUAUUGCUGGUCCCAAGGAUUCAAAUAUUGGGAACUGGCCUUGAAUCGCAAGCAUUACUUUGAUAGUUGGAUCCAUGAGCUUGGAACUUCCGUGGAAUGUGAAGGUUGUAGCGAACUUCGACAACGGGUGGAGGGUCUGGCUGUGAAGAUUUUUAUUGGGCUUUGCGUCCCAGAUUUCUGCAGUGACACUGAAAUCAGAGAGGAGCUGGCCCCUGGAUACUUGAUGCACGUUCUGAACAGUCCGCUUCCAUUCCCAGUCCCCGCAGAGCCACAACUGGCUGUAGCAGAAUUGUCACAUUGGUCUCAUUUUCGGCUGGAUUUCGUCAUUGCAGGUCUUGAUAAUUGUGGAACCACUUCCUUGGGUCGCUGGCUUCAACAAUUGGAUGACAUCGAAUUUAGUCGUUUGGGUGAAGAGGACGAUUUUUUUUUUGAGAACGACCGGCUGCUGCCGUUUCUGUCGGAAGUGGAGAGGUUCAACUCGCAAUGGAAGAGCCACCGGACCUUGAAAGGUUUGCGACAUCCGAGCCUCUGGGCGCACCUGCGAGUACGGAUGGCGCUGGCACGGAUCCCACAAUUGAAGGUGUUACUGGUCGUUUGUGAUCCAUUGAGUCGUGUUGACAAGGCCUUUUGGUGGUACCACAUUUGUGAUCCACCCCUUCCACAUCCAGAAUUUGGGCCAUUGGUGCGGCCCAGGGGCUGCUUUGAAAGCAUCAGCAGUGUACUUGAGUCCACACUUGAACACCAAGGGCCCACAUUCCUUGGCCGUUUUGCGAUCCAAAGACACGUGGAACACCUAAAACAACUCUUCCAACAGCGACUGCUGGUUGUACACCAAGCCUUCAUGCGUGAAUCCUCCUGGGACACUUUCCUACAGAUUGCCAGCUGGUUGGGCCUUUCCAAGGUUCCAGCAGACAUUCAGCUUGGGAGACACAAUCAUCGACCGGGGCACAGAACAGAUCUUUGCAGAAACUCAACUCUGGUGAAUCUUCUGAAAGUGUUACUGUCGUCAGAGUAUGACUUCCUGAAGCGGCUACUCCUGGAUUCAGGAUUCCCCAUGGGCUUGCCAGAAGAAUUGCUGCUGCGACAAAGCCGUUGCGAAAGCGCACGUGAGAAGGAGAGAGGAAUGGACGAUGAAGGUCAGACCUUGGGUCGAGGAAGAGCCAAGGUGGCAGAGGAGCAGCAGAAGAAACCGUCCCACAUGCUGGACUUGGACACCUUGUCCUUCUCGAGAGGCAGCCAUUUCAUGGCCAAUUCCAAGUGCCAGUUGCCAACUGGUUCCUUCCGAGUGCAAAAGAAGGGUUACGAAGAAGUGCACGUGAAGCCUUUCAAGCACCCAGAUGUGAAUCCCGAGGAUUUGAUCCCUUUGUCCAAAUUGCCAACGUGGUGCCAAGAGGCAUUCCCUGGAGCUACAAAGCUCAACACCGUGCAGAGUAAGGUGUUCAAGACUGCCUUUGAGGAGCACACUGAGAACAUGUUGGUGUGUGCACCCACUGGUAGUGGCAAGACCAAUGUGGCCAUGCUGACGAUUCUGAACGUGAUGAAUCAGUUCCGCCUGAAGGCACUUCGAGACGGUUCCUUUGACCUGGCUGGUUUCAAGAUCGUCUAUGUUGCUCCAAUGAAGGCCUUGGUGCAAGAAGUGGUGCAGAGCUUCACCCAGCGCCUGGAGAAGGCCUAUGGGGUGACGAUUCGAGAGCUUAGUGGCGAUGUGAACCUCACCAAAGCUCAAAUCGAUGAGACGCAGAUCAUUGUGACGACUCCCGAAAAGUGGGACAUCAUCACACGAAAGGCUGGUGACCAGCGUGCCUACACCCAGCUGGUUCGCUUGGUGAUUAUCGAUGAGAUUCACCUUCUGCACGACAGCCGUGGACCUGUCCUUGAAUCCAUUGUGGCCAGAACCAUUCGGCAGAUUGAGACAACACAGGAGCACAUCCGCUUGGUUGGACUGUCAGCCACUCUGCCCAACUACGAAGAUGUGGCAGUUUUCCUCAGAGUCUGCAUCUUAGAGUCAUCCUGUUUGGUGAAUCCGGAGAAGGGCCUUCACUACUUCGGAAAUCACUUCCGUCCGGUUCCCCUGGAGCAGACCUACAUUGGUGUGACGGACAAGAAGGCCAUCAAGCGCUUCAACACCAUGAACGAAGUCUGCUACGAGAAACUCAUGGAAAAUGCUGGCAAGAAUCAGGUUUUGAUCUUUGUGCAUUCCAGAAAGGAAACGGUGAAGACGGCACAGACACUUCGAGAUUUGGCGAUGCAGAACGACACCUUGGCAAAGUUCCUGCAGGAGGAUUCGGCCUCCCGAGAGAUUUUGCAGACUGAGGCCCAAGAAAUGAAGACUCCUGAGGUGCAGGACCUACUGCCCUAUGGCUUUGCGGUGCACCAUGCUGGACUGCCUCGUGCGGAUCGAAAGCUGGUGGAGGAUUUGUACGCGGAUCGCCACAUUCAAGUCUUAGUCUCGACUGCCACGUUGGCUUGGGGUGUCAACUUGCCGGCGCACACCGUCAUCAUCAAAGGAACCCAGGUGUACAACCCACAGAAGGGCCAGUGGGAUGAGUUGUCUCCCAUGGACAUGAUGCAGAUGCUGGGUCGAGCCGGACGACCGCAGUAUGACAAGACAGGGCACGGCAUCGUCAUCACGCAGCACAGCGAGUUGCAGUGCCUUGACAAAGUCUUUGGACCGCUGUGUAUCAUGAGGUACUACUUGUCUCUGAUGAACCAGCAGUUGCCCAUUGAGUCGCAGGUGCUCAGCAUUCUGCCUGACAUGGUGAAUGCAGAAUUGGUGCUGGGAACUAUCCAGACUCGACAGGAUGCUGUGAAUUGGCUGGGCUACACGUACCUGUACGUCGCAGCCCCAAGUCGUUGCGGUGAAGCCUUCAAAGAAAGUUAUCAUGGGCCCAGAUCGAUUGAGGUGCGAAUGAUGCGGGCUCCGAGGCUGUACGGCAUCUCGCCGGAUGAAGCUGAAGAGGAUCGGCUGCUGGAGCAGCGACGUGUCGAUUUGAUCCACAGCGCCUUGACGAUGCUUGACAAGAACAAUUUGAUCAAGUACGACAAGCGAACUGGACAGGUUCAGGUGACUGCUCUUGGUCGCGUCGCGAGCCACUACUACAUCCAGCAUCCAUCCAUUGCAACAUACAACGACCACCUUCGGCCGAUGAUGUCCGACAUUGAACUGCUGCGUUUGUUCUCCCUUUCGCAUGAGUUCAAGUACAUCCCAGUGCGCGAAGAGGAAAAGGUCGAGAUGCAGAAACUGGUGGAGCGCGUGCCGGUUCCAGUGAAGGGCAGCACCGACGAGCCCUCCUCCAAGGUCAACGUGCUGCUGCAGGCCUACAUCUCCAAGUUGAAGCUGGAGGGUUUUGCUCUCAUGUCAGACAUGGUCUAUGUUCAGCAAUCGGCCGGACGAAUCAUGCGUGCGAUCUUUGAGAUCUGUCUGCGACGAGGCUGGGCAGCGCUGGCCUUGAGGGCCCUGAAUUGGUGCAAGAUGAUCGACAAGAGGAUGUGGGCCAGUCAGACGCCUCUGCGUCACUUCAAGGGUCUGGCCGAAGAUAUCUUGCGGAAGGUGGAGAAGAAGGACUUUGCAUGGGAGCGCUACUACGAUCUCUCCAGUUCGGAGAUUGGUGAGCUGAUUCGCUUCCCAAAGAUGGGCAAAACCAUCCACAAGUUGGUUCACCAAUUCCCAAAGCUGGACUUGAGUGCCUAUGUCCAACCCAUCACUCGCUCCUGUCUCAUGGUGGAGCUGACCAUCACGCCGGACUUCCAGUGGGAUCCAAAGGUCCAUGGCCGCGCCGAGCCCUUCUGGGUUUUUGUGGAGGAUGUGAAUGGAGAGCAGAUUUUGCACCAGGAGAUGUUCGUGUUGCAGGAACGAGGUGCUGAGGAGGAGCAUACCUUGAACUUCACGGUGCCCAUCACUGAGCCUUUGCCUCCACAGUACUUCAUCCGAGUGGUCUCGGACAGGUGGAUCAACGCACAGACCUUGCUUCCAGUGUCCUUCCGGCAUCUGAUUUUGCCCGACAAGUACCCACCCCACACCGAGCUGUUGGACUUGCAGCCCUUGCCUCUCACGGCCUUGCGCUGCCCAGAUGCUGAGAAGUUGUAUGCGGCACAGGGCUUGAAGGUCUUCAAUCCCAUUCAGACGCAAACUUUCAGCAUGUUAUACUCCAGCAAUGACAACUGUUUGGUGUGCGCCCCUGCAGCCUCCGGAAAGAUCAUUUGUGCCGAGUUCGCCGUCUUGAAGAUGUUGACCUCAGAUGAUCCCGUGAAGCGAUGUGUCUAUGUGGCACCACAUGCUUCCACGGCAAAGGAGCGCUUCAACGAGUGGUCCUUCAAGUUUGGAAAGUCCAUGGGUUUCCGAGUCUCUGAGUUGGUUGGAGAGACCACGAGUGAUGUGAAGAUCUUGGAAGAUUCCCACAUUGUCAUCACCACCCCUGAGAAGUGGGAUUUGAUGAGCCGCAGGUGGAAGACACGAAAGAGCGUCCAAGAGGUUCGUCUCUUUGUGGUUGACGAACUCCACCUGUUGGACAGCGAUGUGGGCCCCACCCUGGAGGCCGUGGUGAGUCGCAUGCGUUACAUUUCGGUGCAGGUGCAGCAGCCCAUCCGAAUCGUGGCCUUGGCGGCUUCCUUGGCCAAUGCCAAGGAUGUGGGGGAAUGGAUCGGCGCUGGCAGCAACGGGUUGUUCAACUUCUCACCCAACGUGCGAACGGUGCCCUUGGAGCUGGUCAUCCAGGGUUUCGACAUUCACCACCGUUCCACGCGUUUGUUGGCGAUGAGUAGACCCGUGUAUCAAUCCAUCAAGCAGUUCUCCCCAGAGAAACCGGUCAUCGUCUUUGUCCCUGACCGAAAGCAGGCGCGAAUGACGGCCAUCGAUCUGUUGUUACACGCCGCGUCAGACGACAAGCCCAAGCGCUUUCUGCACGUCGGGGAUGAUGCCAUGCGUCCUCAUUUGGCAGCUGCCAGGGAGAAGUCGCUGAAGCAGACACUGGAGUAUGGUGUUGGCUUCCUCCAUGAAGGCUUCAGUGCCACGGAGCGUGCGGUGAUCGAACGUCUCUUCGAGGCGGGUGCCAUCCAGGUCUUGGUGGCUACUGAGCAGCUCUGCUGGGGGAUGACGAUGUUGGCACAUCUGGUGGUCAUCAUGGACACCAAGAAGUUCGAUGGUCGUGAGAACCGAUAUGUGGACUACCCCAUCCAUGAUGUCUUGCAGAUGAUGGGUCGAGCCAGUCGUCCGGGCAUUGAUCAAUCUGGGAUGGUGGUACUGUUGACGCAGAACUCCAAGAAGGAGUAUUACAAGAAGUUCAUUUAUGAGCCUCUGCCGGUCGAAAGCCAUCUUGAUCAGCGGAUGGCUGACCACAUGAAUGCUGAGAUCGUGAUGAAGACCAUUGAGAACAAGCAGGAUGCUGUCGAUUGGUUGACCUGGACCUUCUACUACCGUCGUUUGUCCCAGAAUCCCAAUUAUUACGGAUUGCAGGGUGUGACCCAUCAACAUCUCAGUGAUCACCUUAGUGAAGUCGUGGAAAACACCGUGGAAGGUUUGGAACGCUUUGGCUGUUGCAGCAUCGAGGACGAUGUGGACCUGGCUCCGGCCAACUUGGGUCUCAUUGCGGCCUAUUACUACAUCCGCCACACGACCAUCGAAACCUUCUCUCGCUGUGUCAAUGAGAGCACCAAGCGCAAGGGCUUGUUGGACAUUUUGUGUGCUGCCUCGGAGUUUGAUGCGGUGCCAGUGCGCUCCGGAGAGGAAGCCACAUUGUAUGGCUUGGCUCAAUCCUUGGGAAUGAAGGUGGACAAGGACAAGUUGAAUGAUCCUCACACCAAAGCCCAACUUUUGUUGAAUGCGCACUUCACACGUACUCCCAUCACUACGGAUCUGUCCUCAGAUCAGAAGUUUAUCUUGGAACAUGCUGUGCGACUACUCCAGGGCCUGGUGGAUGUGAUUUCUUCCUGCGGUUGGCUGACACCUGCCUUGUCUGCUAUGGAACUCUCGCAGAUGAUCGUGCAAGCCACCACCUCCACAUCCAGCCCCCUGAUGCAGUUGCCACACUUCUCACCAGCCAUGGUGGACAAAGCCAAGAAGAUGAAGGUGGAAGACAUCUUCGACGUCAUGAGCAUGGAAGAUGCUCCGCGAGACAAGUUGUUGGAUGGCUUAUCGCAGUCCCAGAUGACGGACGUGGCACGGGCAUGCAAUCGCUUCCCUGCCAUCUCAUUGGAGUACAAGGUGCAGAACUCUGACUCCCUGACAGCCGGCGGCAGCGCCAAGAUCGUGGUGAAGCUGACCAGAGAAGCCAUGGAGGAAGAAGGCGCCACAGUGGGACCUGUCUAUGCCAUGUACUACCCCAAGGAGAAGGAGGAAAGUUGGUGGUUGGUCAUUGGCGGUCCCAAGAGCGCUCUGGUGGCCAUCAAGCGUAUCACCAUCAGCAAGGCCAGCGCCAACGUGAAGCUGGAGGUGGAGUUGGGAGAGGAGCCUGGCAGCUCCGAGUACACCCUGUACCUGAUGUCCGACUCCUACCAGGGCUGCGAUCAAGAAUACAACUUCAAGCUGAAUGUCAAGGCAGCUCCGUGA